AUGGAAGCCACUGCGGGGAUGGUGGCUGGGUCGUAUAAAAGAAACGAGCUUGUCCGAAUUCGUCACGAUUCAGAUAGUGGGUCCAAAACCUUAAAGAAUUUGAAUGGCCAAAUCUGUCAAAUAUGUGGUGAUACUGUGGGAUUAACAGCAACUGGUGAUGUUUUUGUUGCUUGCAAUGAGUGUGCCUUCCCAGUUUGCCGUCCUUGUUAUGAAUAUGAGCGAAAAGAUGGGAACAAGUCUUGCCCCCAGUGCAAAACUAGGUACAAGAGGCACAGAGGGAGUCCAAGAGUGGAGGGAGAUGAUGAUGAGGAUGAUGUUGAUGAUAUAGAGAAUGAGUUCAAUUAUGACCAAGGAAAUGCCAAACCUAGGCGGCAAUGGGAAGGAGAAGAUGCUGAUCUCUCUUCAUCUGCUAGAUAUGAUUCUCAACAACCAAUUCCUCUCCUCACCAAUGGACAGCCGAUGUCCGGUGAGAUUCCAACGCCCGACACCCAAUCUGUGCGAACAACAUCAGGUCCAUUGGGGCCAUCUGAAAAGGUUCACUCGCUUCCCUAUAUUGAUCCAAGGCAACCAGUUCCAGUCAGAAUCGUAGACCCUUCAAAGGACUUGAAUUCUUACGGCCUGCCUAAUGUUGACUGGAAAGAAAGGGUUGAAGGUUGGAAGCUCAAGCAGGAGAAAAACAUGGUGCAAAUGAUUGGUAAUAGAUACAAUGAAGGGAAGGGCGACAUGGAAGGGACAGGUUCCAAUGGAGAAGAACUGCAAAUGGUUGAUGAUGCUCGACAGCCUUUGAGUCGUGUGGUGCCUAUUCCUUCUUCUCACUUGACCCCUUAUCGUGUUGUAAUUAUACUCCGGCUUGUUAUUCUGGGCUUCUUCUUACAAUACCGUGCAACUCAUCCCGUGAAAGAUGCAUACCCCCUGUGGCUGACAUCAGUUAUCUGUGAGAUUUGGUUUGCCAUGUCUUGGAUUUUGGAUCAGUUUCCGAAAUGGUAUCCCAUUAAUCGGGAGACUUAUCUUGAGAGGCUUGCUUUAAGAUAUGACCGCGACGGAGAACCAUCUCAGUUGGUUCCCGUGGAUGUAUUUGUUAGUACGGUGGACCCCCUUAAAGAGCCUCCACUUGUAACUGCAAACACUGUUUUGUCAAUACUUGCUGUCGAUUACCCUGUGGACAAGGUUUCUUGCUAUGUAUCAGAUGAUGGUUCAGCUAUGUUGACUUUUGAAGCGCUUUCAGAAACUGCUGAGUUUGCAAAGAAGUGGGUGCCCUUCUGCAAAAAGCACAAUGUUGAGCCAAGAGCCCCUGAGUUCUAUUUUGCGCAGAAGAUAGAUUACUUGAAGGACAAGAUUCAACCUUCAUUUGUGAAGGAGCGCCGAGCAAUGAAGAGAGAAUAUGAAGAGUUCAAAGUAAGGAUCAAUGCCCUCGUAGCCAAAGCUCAAAAGAUGCCUGAAGAAGGUUGGACAAUGCAGGAUGGAACCCCAUGGCCUGGAAAUAAUCCAAGGGAUCAUCCUGGAAUGAUUCAGGUGUUCUUGGGUCAUAGUGGAGGCCUUGAUACAGAUGGAAAUGAGCUGCCUAGACUUGUUUAUGUUUCCCGUGAGAAGCGACCAGGCUUUCAGCAUCACAAGAAGGCUGGAGCUAUGAAUGCUCUGAUUCGAGUUUCAGCUGUAUUGACCAAUGGUGCAUAUCUAUUGAACGUUGAUUGUGACCACUAUUUCAAUAACAGCAAAGCUCUUAAGGAAGCCAUGUGUUUCAUGAUGGAUCCUGUUCUGGGGAAGAAGACUUGCUAUGUACAAUUCCCUCAACGGUUUGAUGGCAUUGAUAUGCAUGAUCGAUAUGCCAAUCGCAAUAUUGUGUUCUUUGAUAUCAACAUGAAAGGGCAAGAUGGUGUCCAGGGCCCAGUCUAUGUCGGAACUGGUUGUUGUUUCAGUAGACAGGCUCUAUAUGGCUACGAUCCUGUUUUGACUGAGGAAGAUUUGGAGCCCAAUAUUAUUGUUAAGAGUUGUUGGGGUUCUAGAAAGAAGGGAAAGGAUAAGAAGUACAUUGACAAGAAAAGGGCAGCAAAAAGAACUGAGUCCACUAUUCCCAUUUUCAACAUGGAAGACAUAGAUGAGGGUGUUGAAGGAUAUGAUGAUGAGAGGUCACUUCUUAUGUCUCAGAAGAGCUUAGAGAAGCGUUUUGGUCAGUCCCCAGUUUUCAUUGCCGCCACAUUCAUGGAGCAUGGUGGCAUUCCUCCCUCAACUAACCCUGCAACUCUUCUCAAGGAAGCAAUCCAUGUCAUCAGCUGUGGUUAUGAAGACAAGACAGAAUGGGGCAAAGAGAUUGGAUGGAUCUAUGGUUCUGUAACUGAGGAUAUCUUGACUGGGUUCAAGAUGCAUGCACGUGGUUGGAUCUCUGUCUAUUGCAUGCCACUUCGACCCGCAUUCAAGGGUUCCGCUCCCAUCAAUCUUUCUGACCGUCUUAAUCAGGUGCUUCGGUGGGCCUUGGGGUCCAUUGAGAUUUUCCUUAGCAGGCAUUGUCCCCUAUGGUAUGGCUACAAUGGAAGAUUGAAGCCCCUGCAGAGGCUGGCUUAUAUUAACACAAUUGUCUACCCCUUUACCUCAAUCCCGCUGAUUGCUUAUUGUGUGCUCCCUGCGUUUUGUCUUCUCACAAAUAAAUUUAUUAUUCCAGAGAUAAGCAACUUUGCUAGCAUGUGGUUUAUUCUCCUUUUCGUCUCCAUUUUUGCGACCUCAAUUCUUGAGCUCAGGUGGAGUGGAGUUGGUAUAGAAGACUGGUGGAGGAAUGAGCAGUUCUGGGUUAUUGGUGGUACAUCUGCACAUCUCUUUGCUGUAUUCCAAGGGCUUCUAAAAGUGCUUGCUGGGAUCGAUACAAAUUUCACUGUGACGUCAAAGGCAUCAGACGAUGAUGGGGAAUUCGCAGAGCUCUAUGUGUUCAAAUGGACAUCACUUCUGAUCCCUCCUACAACAGUCCUUAUAGUAAACAUAAUAGGGAUCGUUGCUGGCGUAUCCUACGCCAUUAACAGUGGAUACCAAUCGUGGGGUCCUCUAUUUGGAAAGCUGUUCUUUGCCAUAUGGGUGGUUGCCCAUCUAUACCCAUUCUUGAAGGGUCUGCUUGGAAGGCAAAAUCGUACCCCAACCAUUGUUAUUGUUUGGUCUAUUCUUCUUGCUUCCAUAUUCUCCUUGCUGUGGGUGAGAAUUGAUCCCUUCAUUACUGACAACUCAAAAGCUUCUAGCAAUGGUCAAUGUGGCAUCAACUGCUAGUUCUCUUGAUGAAGAUGAUGAUUUUGGAUGUGUUAAGAUUUGCCCUUUUGUGUUCAGACUCGAGGAUGCAAUCAUGUAUAUAGGCAUAGCAAGAGUCAGUCAGUCUAUUUAAGUUGUCUUUGGAGGAUGAUCUUAAGUUAUAGGGGAUUUAUCCCUGACAAAGAUGGGAAAACCCUAUGGUUUACUUGUUCUGCUCUUUAUUUACAUGCUCUUGCUAAAUUACUUGUGUAGAGCUCAAUGUGGGUGUGAUAUUAUUUUUUGUUCAAAUGAUACAAUUUAUUUAUCAUAAUAAUAAUUUUUUUAAUGACAGGAAA